GGCUCGGGCUCUCUCCCCUCCCCUCGCGGCCGUUCCUCCCUGCCCCCUGCUCCUCUUCCUCGGUGAGGCGCUCCUCCAGCAGGCAAGCAGCAUGGCGGCCGUGGAGGCGCGCGUGUGCGAGACGGACGGCUGCAGCAGCGAGGCCAAGCUCCAGUGUCCCACCUGCAUCAAGCUGGGUAUUCAGGGCUCGUACUUCUGCUCGCAGGAAUGUUUUAAAGGAAGUUGGGCUACUCACAAGUUACUACAUAAGAAAGCAAAGGAUGAAAAGGCAAAGCGAGAACUGUCUUCCUGGUCUGUGGAGGGUGAUAUUAACACUGACCCAUGGGCAGGUUAUCGAUAUACUGGUAAACUCAGACCACACUAUCCACUGAUGCCAACAAGGCCAGUGCCAAGUUACAUUCAAAGGCCAGAUUAUGCUGAUCAUCCCCUAGGAAUGUCUGAAUCUGAACAGGCUCUUAAAGGUACUUCUCAAAUUAAAUUACUCUCAUCUGAAGAUAUAGAAGGGAUGCGACUUGUAUGUAGGCUUGCUAGAGAAGUUUUGGACAUUGCUGCGGGGAUGAUCAAACCAGGUGUAACUACUGAAGAAAUAGAUCAUGCUGUACAUUUAGCAUGCAUUGCAAGAAAUUGCUAUCCUUCUCCUCUGAAUUAUUAUAAUUUCCCAAAGUCUUGUUGUACCUCAGUGAAUGAAGUCAUCUGCCAUGGAAUUCCAGACAGACGGCCCUUGCAAGAAGGUGAUAUUGUUAAUGUGGACAUUACUCUGUAUCGCAACGGUUAUCACGGGGACCUGAAUGAGACGUUUUUUGUUGGCGAAGUGGAUGAGGGAGCACGGAAGCUUGUUCAGACCACGUACGAGUGUCUCAUGCAAGCCAUUGAUGCAGUGAAACCUGGUGUUCGAUACAGAGAACUGGGAAACAUUAUUCAGAAACAUGCCCAAGCAAACGGGUUUUCAGUUGUUCGAAGCUACUGUGGGCAUGGGAUUCAUAAGCUUUUCCACACAGCCCCCAACGUCCCUCAUUAUGCCAAAAAUAAAGCAGUUGGAGUAAUGAAGUCGGGCCAUGUAUUUACGAUUGAGCCAAUGAUUUGUGAAGGUGGGUGGCAGGAUGAAACCUGGCCAGAUGGUUGGACGGCGGUGACAAGAGACGGAAAGCGGUCUGCUCAGUUCGAGCACACGCUGCUGGUCACGGACACUGGCUGUGAGAUCCUGACCCGGCGGCUCGACAGUGCGCGGCCUCACUUCAUGUCCCAAUUCUAGUUUCUCCUGCGAUGAGAAGAGACGUCUCCAUUUACCUUCUUACUGUACUGUGCAUUUUGUUGAGAGUACAGAAGGAAGAGGAAAUUUUUUAUGACUAGUUUUGUUUUGAUGAUAGAUAAGACUACAGCAUUUGCUAUGUGUCCUCAAGAACUUGUCUUGAGUUGGAACAGGCUGAGAAGAAUAAAGGAAACCUUGCUCAACUCAGUCCCUGCCCCCAUCUCUGCACACCUGUUUUCUCAUUUGCCCUUUGAGCACUUUUACUUAAACCUGCUUCUAGUUGCUUUUGUCACUGCCGCAAACCAGCCGUAAGGAGCCAGCUGCUUUCCAGGUGACUGUUGAAGACGAGCAUCCUUGGAACUUUAGCAGUUCUUUAGAUUUAUUUUGUAUUAUAUAUAUAUGGAAAUAUAUAUACAUUUUGAAUUCCAUAGACAUAGUUACGGAACACUAUGUGACCUGGGGUUUGUGCCGAUGCUGCUGACAGGGUUACUUGCUGUCGUCCAUGGACCCGUCCUUAGCAGUGAUCUGAUUCCUUCUUGGGAAAUGCCUCCCUCUCUCCUCUGCUAAUUGUUUCCCCGCGUAAUUGUGCAUAGGGAAGCACUCACUCAACGUGACCAUCUCACCAGUGUGUACUGUACAUGAAUGUGGGAAAAGUCACUUUGGAAGAAGGUGUAUCAGGUUUUUUUGAGUCUAGUUUAUGGCAGAAACGGCCAUGUGGCUGCACGACACGAGGAUUUUGUAAUACACUGCUAUUUCUGACCUCAGUUUUGUCAGAAAUGGGAGGGAAAAGCCCUCUUCCCCUCUGUUUGAUUUCAGAGGUAUGCCUUGGAGAUACUGCGAGGAGGGGGGAGGUCGCACUGUGGAGGAUGCUGGGGAGAGAGUUCUGACCUCUCUCCAGCUGUGAGCACAGUGAGUCAGCUGAGCUCUUCGACUCUAACCUUUAGUGAACCUGGUAGGGGUGGAAAAGGAAUGUCUCUGCGUACUGUAACCUUGCAGUAGGGAUGCAGCGUCUUCGGUGUGCUAAAAACACACCUCACCUUUGCGUAGUUAGGAACCUCAUUUAGAAAGGACCCCAGCUGCCCAAUAUCUAUGUUCCUUUCCACAGUUGUCCACAUAGGAUUGUAUGUAGUGAACAUACCAGAUCAUAAAGUCAUUGUCAUUACAGUGUACUUUAUUACUGGGUCUCUGAUGACUGUCUUGUAAUAUAAUUUGAUACCACUGACACAUUAUACUUGUAAGAGAACAUCUUUCCCAGAGUGCCUCAGACCUUAUUGCUUUAAAGAAUUAUGAUAAUGUUUUCAUUACUUUUAUUAUUUUAAUGAUUUAGUAAAGUGACUGAAUCUGGUAGACUCUUGGGGGUAUGUGCGUGAUGUUUUUAUCAAACUGUACUAUUUGUGAAUGGACUGCCUUGCAAUAUGAAUGUUAAUGUAAUGUGUAAAGGGAGAUUAAAGAGUUUGACUGAUUAUCCCACA